AUGUCGCAUCCAAACCAAGAACUGGCAAAUGACCUUGAACUGCGAGAAAGUAAAGGGAAGAAAUUGCAGUUCGGUGCAGCCAAGUGGGAAUGGCGUGGCCUCACCCAGUCCACAAAUGUUGCCCACACGAAUUUUGCAAGAACACGGAAGAAUUUCUGCCCUCCGAUGAUGGUCAACCUUGAAACGAAGAAGCCUCCUCGAAACAAAAGAAAUCCUUUCAGAUCCCGAACACACAUAUCAUCUCGAAUCUCCCCUCUGAAGCCGGUCGGAUCAGAUAACCUAGAUCCUUGCGAGAAGAAUCAAACCACAUCUAGAGGUGCCCGAGAUAUGCUUUUGGACAGCCACCCUGCAUCUUUGAAGUCGGCUUCCGCUAUACACGUGCCGGGACUGGAUAAGAUCUCAUUGUCGCCACGCUCGAACCUAUUGGGCCUGCCGUCAUCCCCCUAUUUCUGGAGUCCGUUUCAUGAAGACAACACCUCAGGCCUCAAUAAUUGCUUACUCUCUGAGGAUGUUAUCGGGAUUACGGCUAACGAGACGUCGCACGGUGAUCGCAGCAGAAGCAUACGAGUCCUGGAAUCGGCAGACCUUCGACACUCUGGCGAUUUCCUCAAGUUAUCCUUCGAGUCACUCUUCGCCACCCUUACUUCCAUUCUUCGACGUAAAUACCCCGAUGUUGGUUCCAUGGUCGGAUUGCCGCUGAGAAGGAAGGGCCAGAUCGCGCCGUCAAGCUGGGAAAUUGCAUUUGGCCGUAUAGUCGCCACCUUAUCCCUUCUCGCUCCCAGGCUCAAGCUUCAACCCAAAUCAAACAUCUUGGCAAAUUCCAUCACUAUCGAUAUCCGUAAGCAAAACGUUCCGGUGCAGGACCAUGGAAACCCACCGCCGCGGAGCGCAGAACACAGCGACGCUUCACUGCAUUCCCGCGAGCUAUGGGUGCCUGUGGAUCGAGAUUCUGUAAGGGCAUACGAUUUAGGGAAUAGCGGGGUAUUGAUUGACGGGAUCGAACCGCAGAAUCACGGUGGGGGUCACUACCGGCCUCUUCAAAGGCUCGACUUAAGAUGA